AUGUCACGAACAGUUGAUAGCCCCAGACCAGUGGCAGUUGCACCCACAGCUGUAUUACAGGACUCGAAGAAGCAUAGUAGGCGAGAUAGACAUUCCAGGAACAAUGUUGGAACGAAGACUGCGACCCAAGCUAACAAUAAGAAUAGGCAUGUUGCGGAAGUUACUGCAAGAAUUAAUAAAAGCACGCAGUCGCAGCCCAUAAAGGAUCGUGUCAAUAAAGGUAAAGCCGAUACUAUACGGAAGCCAUUGCUAUUCAGGAGGAAAUACCAGUACACUUUAGUACUUAGAUCAUUGAAUAAUACUUUUGAAACCAAGUAUUUAGUGAUACCUUUCCAACCAGACGGUUUGAAGCUUGGCAGGCCAGUUGCCAAUACGCCCAAUGUUGCAACUUCAGGUAAUGCUCAUGGUAAUAUUGGUGCAAGCAAAACAUCAAAAAUCAAUACAAGCUCACAAGUACUACCAGAUAAUGGUAACUUCGAUUCCAGGGUUUUAUCUAGAAAUCAUGCUCUCCUGAGUUGUGAUUAUUGCUCUGGGAAGAUUUUCAUAAAGGAUUUGAAAUCAAGCAACGGUACUUUCCUUAAUGGCAAAAGAAUUAACCAAGCUGACGUAGAACUAAAAGUAGGGGACACAGUUGAUUUAGGUACAGAUAUUGACUCUAAACUGGAACACCGAAAAAUAAGCGCAGUAGUUGAGGAUAUAUACUUUCAUCCUCUAAUUCUGGAUCGGCAACCUAUAUCUGAUAGUUUUCGUUCGAAGGUAAUUAUAGAUGAUAACAACUUACAACAAUGUGCUUUUGAAUCAUUUGUGGAUCACUCCCAUGGUUUGUUAGACUUAGAAGAUACUAUAUUGAGGACUGAUAUUGACAUACUGAAUGGUAUAUUUAUUAAUAAUUCUAUUGGAACAAGUCAUAAAUUAAUCGACACCAUACGUGUUAUGGCAGCUGGGAUAAGCUUUAAGAGUCGUGAUAUUAUGAAACUAAAAUCAAUUGAGAAUUUUAUCUUAAAUUACACAAAUGAUAUUGAUUAUAAGAAUAAGCUACUCGUAGAGAAAAAUGAUAAAUAUUUGAUAAGUCUCCAAGCAGACGUUAAGAAAGAACUUUCAUCAGUUCUGAUGCAGUUUAUGAAAGAGGAUGAAGCUAGAACGCUUGAACUUCAAGAAGAGCACUCCCAUAUUCAAAAACAAAAAACUGAAGAACGAGAGACAUAUGAAGCAGAAAUUAAAGCUGUGAAAGAGGUACUAGAAGAUUGUAAAACUAGAUUAGAAGUUGAAAAGUAUAAAAAUGGAAAAACACAACAAAAGCUUAACAUUGACCCAGAUGAUGGUUUGGAGAACAUAGCCUCUGAUUGCAAUUUAGGGGAGGAAGCCAACACCAAGAAGUUUACCAAUACGUUUCUAAAAAGCUGGACUUUUUGGACUAUUGGUCUGGUUUCUGUCGGUGUGUUAACAGUCGCUUAUAGAUUUUCCUCCCAAUGA